CGUAGUGAUUUACACUAACCCACCAUGAGAUGACUCUCCGGAGAAUCACUGUAUUUAAUAAUAUAAGGUGCAAGAUUUGUGAUUCUCCACAAACCCCGUUUGUCCAAAAACCUGAAAAACCAACUUUUAUUUUCUCUUGCUAUUUCCUAAAUUACAUGUCAAUGGCAGAUAAAGCCAACUCCUCCUCUUUGCAUGGUGAUCAACUUCAAACUGACUACUUCUCUACUGCGUAUCGUGCUGCCAAGAAAUGGGCUUCUGCCUUGGUUUUCUUCAUCGUCCUCGUUGUUGGUGCCUUUAUUUUCAGGAUUGAUCCUUAUUUUAACAUCCUCACUACAAAAAGUCUCAAACAUUCAACUGGGUUCCCUCUGACUUGCACCAAUGAAAGCUUAACAAAAACAUGCAAUGUCAACUAUCCGAUGACAUUUGAAGCUCAUGAAUCUUCAAACUCCACAUGUCCGGAUUACUUCCAAUGGAUCCACGAAGAUCUCCAACCAUGGAGGAGUGCAGGAAUCUCAAGGGACAUGAUAGAAAGAGCUAAAGACAUGGCAAAUUUUAGACUAGUUAUUGUGAAGGGCAAGGCAUAUGUGGAGACAUAUUUUAAAUCGUUUCAAACAAGAGACAUGUUUACUUUAUGGGGUUUUUUGCAGCUUCUGAGGUUGUACCCUGGUAGGAUUCCUGACCUAGAACUCAUGUUUGGGUGCGGUGACAUGCCUAGGGUUGUAAAAAAUGACUACCAGGGACCUAAUGCGACGUCGCCUCCUCCAUUAUUUCAGUACUGUGGACAUGCAGACCACUUGAGUAUCAUCUUCCCUGAUUGGUCCUUUUGGGGUUGGGCUGAGCUCAGUAUAAAACCAUGGGAAGAUAUGUUAAAGUUACUUGUAGAAGGGACGAAGAAAAAGAAGUGGAAGGAUAGGGUACCCUACGCUUACUGGAAAGGGAACCCAGAUGUAUCACCAAACAGAGAAGACCUUAUGACUUGCAAUGUCUCAGACAAGCAUGACUGGAAUGCUCGAAUCUAUGCACAGAACUGGGAUAAAGAAAUAGAGCAAGGAUUUAAACAUUCAAGAUUAGAAGACCAAUGCAUCCAUAGAUACAAAAUUUAUGUAGAAGGAAGGGCAUGGUCAGUGAGUGGCAAGUAUAUACUCUCAUGCGAUUCCAUGACCCUGCUUAUAAAACCUGAUUACUAUGAUUUCUUCAUGAGAAGCUUGGUGCCAAUGCAGCACUAUUGGCCCAUUAGUCAAGAAAACAAGUGCAGAGAUAUCAAGUUUGCUGUGGAAUGGGGCAAUAGUCAUCCUCAUAAGGCACAAGCCAUUGGAAAGGCAGGAAGCAGAUUUAUUGAGAAAAAUCUGAAAGUGGAAUACGUGUAUGCAUACAUGUUUCAUUUGUUGAGAGAGUAUGCAAAGCUCUUGAAGUUCAAACCUGAAAUUCCGGCAGGUGGUGUUGAGAUUUGCUCGGAAUCAAUGGCAUGUCCAGAGGAAGGUUUACGAAGAAAGUUCAUGGUGGACUCAAUGGUAAAUUUUCCAAGUGAUACACUUCCAUGUAACAUGCCUCCUCCUUUGGAACCUGCAGCCAUUGAAGCCCUCUUUGAGAGGAAUGAAAAUAUCACAAGACAAGUAGUAAGGUGGCAAAAUGAAUACUGGGAAAGUUCGAACAAGACGGAAUCAUCAGGAUCUCGUAAUCAUUAAGCUUGAAGAGGCUGAUGAUAUUAGGCUCAUCUUAUAGUUUUUUAUCCUAAACUUUUGAAGUAUGUAAACUUCUUGUACAUUAAAAAGUAAAAGAUUUAAAAAUUUCAAAUAAUAAUAAUAAUGAUUUGGUUUUGAGU